CCACAACCCUAAAGCUCUCUCUGCAACAAAGCAUAUAGCACAUCUAGGGUUCAAGAGAGAGAUACAAACGAGAGAAUGAGGUCGGCGAAUUACGCUUCGGCUUUGGUGUGUGCUAUGGCCUUGGCCAUGGCCUGCACCAUCCUCGCGCAGAACUCCCCCCAAGACUUCGUGGACGCCCACAACUCGGCCCGGGCGGACGUCGGCGUUGGCCCCGUGUCGUGGGACGACAACGUCGCCGCGUACGCGCAGAACUACGCCAACGAGCGCAUCGGCGACUGCCAGCUCGUGCACUCCGGCGGGCCUUAUGGGGAGAACAUCUUCUGGGGCUCCGGCGCCGACUUCACCGCAGCCGACGCCGUCAACAGCUGGGUCGACGAGAAGCAGUACUACGACUACGACAGCAACUCGUGCGCUGACGGCCAGGUCUGCGGCCACUACACGCAGGUGGUGUGGCGGGACUCGACGGCCAUCGGCUGUGCUCGGGUGCAGUGCAACAGCGGCGCCAUCUUCAUCAUCUGCAACUACAACCCAGCGGGCAACAUCGUGGGGGAGCGCCCUUACUGAGACUGCUCCAUCUUACCUUCUUCUUACAUAUAUCUACAAGUUUGAAUGUGAAAUAAGGCCGGAGUACGUCUGCAGUGUUCUGUAAGAACAUGGUGUAUGAGUACGUAUCGGCAAUGUUCCAAAACACGCAUCUUUAUGAUUCACGAAUAAAAUUCAUGUCUUCCAAUGA